AUGGAAACAGGAGUGAGCACAGUUCUGUUGGAGCGCAAUCCACAUUGCGUACCAGGUUUCUCGGGGUAUCGGCCACAGCUCAAAUUCAAAAUAGGUAAGUCUUACGGCCAGCUAAUGACUGAGCUGCGGAGCCCGGAACUGCACUCUAGUCCAGCCUUGACACUCAGAAACAUCCCUGAGAGACACGCCAGCCGAAUCAUCCCAGGUUACACUGGUUUCAUCCCCAAGAGGAAGAACUAUAUCGCCUGCAGCUUUUCCAAAACGUGUCAGAGAGCAUUUUCUGACUUUUACCAGGAGACUUACACAAAUAUCCAACGGGCGUCAAUAAGUCCAUCGCUUGCUGUCAACUCCACCCAACGGCAGUCAGGGGUCCACUGGCCAAAAGCCCCCCUCACUCCAGUUUCGGACAAAAUGGUAUCCAACAAGUCCUUGACGAACUUCACCCCAAUUGCAAAACCAUAUUUGUUGGCUGAUGGCCACCCGUGCAAGUACUACAUGUCAGGAUUUACAGGACAUGUGCCGGAAUCCCGCUUCUUAAUCGGGAAAGGCUACCCCAUCGCUACCAAUGAGGCCCUCGUUCAGUUCGGGAGGCAACAAGGUGGCGGCAACUGUGCACCACUGCCCAUUCACGCAAUCUAUCCAUCACGCCACAAGGGUGUGGUGCCGUCGUUCACGGGACACAUUCCAGGAUACAAAUUCAUGUAUGGGCACACCUUUGGUCGUCUGUCCAAGAGAGCUUUGGAGAAAAGUGCCACAGGCCGACCCCUUCCCCAAAAAUCUGAAAGCAGAUUUGAGUAA